AUGCUGAUUAUUGAUGAUACUGUUGAGAAAGUUAGUGAAAAGUGGAGGGGAGUAUGUAUUCAGUAUCGCUAUGUUAUUUCUGUUAUUUUGCAGAAACUGAAAAGCGCAUCACAUGUGAUUGUCUCUUUAGUACAAGAUUAUCCAAACUAUAUGAUCAUAAAUCUAGACAAGCUGGAUUACUGUGCAAGCUUGAAGAAUCUUGAAACCAUUUCUAACAAACAAAACUACAAAUUUAUACAGGGUGACAUAUGUAAUUCUCACUUUGUGAAACUGCUUUUUGAAACAGAGAAAAUAGAUAUAGUGCUACAUUUUGCUGCGCAAACACAUGUAGAUCUUUCAUUUGUACGUGCCUUUGAGUUUACAUAUGUUAAUGUCUAUGGCACUCAUGUUUUGGUAAGUGCUGCUCAUGAAGCCAGAGUGGAGAAAUUUAUUUACGUUAGCACAGAUGAAGUGUAUGGAGGCAGUCUUGAUAAGGAAUUUGACGAAUCUUCACCCAAACAACCUACAAAUCCAUAUGCAUCAUCUAAAGCAGCUGCUGAGUGUUUUGUACAGUCUUACUGGGAACGAUAUAAAUUUCCAGCUGUCAUCACACGAAGCAGUAAUGUUUACGGACCACAUCAAUAUCCAGAAAAGGUUAUUCCAAAAUUUAUAUCUUUACUACAACACAACAGGAAAUGCUGCAUUCAUGGAUCAGGGCUUCAAACGAGAAAUUUCCUUUAUGCUACCGAUGUAGUAGAAGCAUUUCUCACUGUCCUCAAGAAGGGGAAACCAGGUGAAAUUUAUAACAUCGGAACCAAUUUUGAAAUGUCAGUUCUCCAGCUUGCCAAAGAACUAAUACAACUGAUCAAAGAGACCAAUUCAGAGUCUGAAAUGGAAAACUGGGUGGAUUAUGUUAAUGAUAGACCUACCAAUGACAUGAGAUAUCCAAUGAAGUCAGAAAAAAUACAUGGUUUAGGAUGGAGACCCAAAGUGCCUUGGAAAGAAGGAAUAAAAAAGACAAUUGACUGGUACAGAGAGAAUUUUCACAACUGGAAGAAUGCAGAAAAGGCAUUGGAACCCUUUCCAGUACAACCACCGUUUGUAUAG